AGCCGAUCCGUCAAUGGCCACAGUCGAUAGCUCAAGACGCUUCCUGUCGAUUUUACCGUCGAUGCAAAGCCGAAAAUGAAGAAUUUUUGAAUUCUGUGACUUACUGCUACGGAGUAGAUUGGUGUGUUUGGUGAAUAUGUAACAUUAUCUCUAAAUAAUAAAGUCCGUCAGGAUGUCUAGUGAUGGGCUGCUCUCUCUCCGGUGGAAUAAUCACCACUCGUCGUUCAUGCUGGCGUUAUCCAAUUUAAGAAACAAGGAAAACUACAGUGAUAUCACCCUGGCUUGUGAUGGCAAGUUUUACAGUGUCCAUAAAAUCGUGCUCUCAACGUGUAGCGACUAUUUUGUUGAAAUACUGAACAGAACUCCUUGUAAGCAUCCAAUUAUUGUUCUGAAGGAUAUUCGCCAACAGGACCUUGAGGCUCUGUUGAACUAUAUGUAUAUUGGUGAAGUAAAUGUUGUGCAAAAUGAUCUUGCGUGUCUAAUCAAAGCAGCAGAAUGCUUAAGAAUCAAAGGUUUAGCAGUACCUGAUGAACCUGGACAACAUGAAGAGGAUUCUAAUAACCCUGAGGUGAAAUGUGCAAGUGAAACGAAACAUAGAAAAAGGAGGCAUGAGGAAAAUCCAUCAGGAGCAGAGUCUCAUCCUCCCACUAAAAAAACCAGUUACAUGUCUUCUGACGACAGCGUUAGUUCAGAAAGUGGAGAACGUGUUGUGCAUAAUGAUACUUCCUCAUAUGAAAAUCCAGACAAGAGUACAAAGAAGGGAUUUAGUGAAAGCCAUAGUGGUGAACAGCAUCCCCCGGUAACUGACUUUGUAAUAAAAGAGGAAGCAGAUGUAAAGUACGAAGAUGAUGAUGGUAUUCAGCUUACAGAUACAGAUACAAAUGAUAAUAUAGAAAAUUCUGUAAUGGAAUCAAGGUGCACACCACAGGGAACUAAAUUACCAAGUGAAUCGGGAGAGUUAAACUUCGGAAGUUCUCUUGGAAGUGGAGUGAGUCCAGAUAUUCAUAAUCCUAGUAUUCCACAACAGUAUCCACUGCAACCGCAGACCUUUGAAGAUAUUGUGUCUCAAGCAAUACCAGGUCCAAGUUUACAGAGUGAUGGAGGACAUAGUUGGGAUAGUGACUGUGGUAAGAGAGACUCGGCUGCAUUCCACUUACAAGGAUUUCCAGAGAAGAAGUCCCUUCCGCCAAAUCAUCAUAGUACACAGUCAAUGGGUUGCCUUGAAGAAACAUACCAAAACACGAGAGGAAACAUAUUUCGAGAGUUGAGCAGUGCAAAUUGGUACGCAAUUGAAAAACAAGUCGUGAAUGAUUCAUGGAUGGACACAGAUAACAGUCGGCAUGCCAGGGAAUGGAGGUGCAUGUUUCCCGAGUGCGGUUAUGUUACCGACAGAGAAUCUUGGCUCAAGCAACAUUUCAGAAAACACACGGGUGAAAAACCGUUUGUGUGCCCGUAUUGUUCUUUCCGAUCGGCUCAGAGGGGAAACCUGAAUGUUCAUAUCAAGAGAGUUCAUCUCACAGACCCUGUGUCUAGUGUAGAUGACAGCAGUGGCAGAAAUUCAGAAAACUCAAAUGCUAUUUCCUCAGGUGUUGUAGAAAAAUAAGCCAAACACAAAUAGCAUUUCUCAUUAUGUUUUGGAACUAUGGAUGAUUUUGGAUUCAUGUAGAGAAAUCUUCUGCAUACUUUUGUAUACAGUUAUUAAUGAAAACUAACUGAUUUUAAGAUAAAGAUCUUGUAUCAUUGUCAUGUCUUUUCACUGUUUUGUUCAUUAUAAUGGAGUGCUGAUAUCCGCAAAAUUACAUGUUUUGAAUAUGCCCUAUUCAAUAGGGACUCAUUAUUAUAUGUUAAACAUGCUGAAAUUAAGUAUUUUCUGUACAAUCUGUAUUUCAUUUCUGCUUUCUAGUUUGUUUUUGAAUGUUUGAUAUCAUGCAAAUUUGGACAAAUUGAAAUUGAAGAGAUACUGACUUAUUCUAAAAUAGGGUACUAUAUGUAUCUCCUUCAUGAAAAUUUGUUUAUGUUUUGAUCUGUUUUUAAGUGACCCACCAAAAUUGUUUAAGGGUACAGAUUGUGUUAUCUUUCAAACUAAGAUGUUUUCUAUUGACUUUAGGAAUUUGCCAUUGUUACUUAAUAAAAUCAAGAU